UAAUAAAUGAACAAAGGACCGGUCAAAAGGAAGUUUGAGAGUAAAUUAGGUUUUUAAUUUAAGGUUUUGGCUUUAGUUCUUCAAAUCCUUAUGACCAACGAGUUCAAAAAGAAUUAGUGUUGCAUAUACAAAAUCAGGUUCAGAUAGGGAAUGACUUCACCCUUAAGUUAUAUAGUUGGAUGAAGAUUUCAAUUUUAAAGCAAAAAAUACAUAAAGCAACAAAACUUGAUUUGGGUGACUUCAGGGUGCUAUAUAAAAAUCAAGAGUUAUAAUUGAACAAUUAAGAUCUUGAAGUAAUUCAUAUUCUAUUGAGAUAGGACUAUGGAAUUAAGAAUCACGUGUCAUUAAAACUGGUGGCUCGUAAGUAGGGUUAGUAGACGUAUUUCAUCAAUAGUCUUCAUAAUAUAUUGGAGGAGUCCAGAAGUACUCAGGAACAAUUUUAAAAUGCGAAAUGGGCUGUAGAAGGAGCCUUCAUGAAGGGAAUCACCCCAAAAUUGACCGAUUUCGGAACACAGGGAACCUACAUAUUAGAAAAUCAGAAUCACAAACCAGUGGCAAUUUUCAAACCGUAUGAUGAAGAAGCCUUUGCGUAAGUUCUAAAGUAAUUGCGUAGCCCAAACAACCCGAGAGGAAUGAGAGGGAAGAUGAACUCUCCUGGACUCAGAUAGGGCAUCUUGUCAGGGGAAGGAGUGGAUCGAGAAGUGGCUGCAUACCUGAUUGAUCAGUCCUCUGGACAUUAUCAUAAUGGUAAUGUUGAAGUUGAGUUAAUUUAGUCCCCAUAACUAAUUAUGUUUAAAUCUGCCAUCCGACAUUUCAUGAAGCAGAGGAAUAUAAAUAGUUUUAGCAUGAAAAAAUACCAAUCAAAGAAGGUUCAUUUUAAUUAUACAUACCCCAUGAUGAUAAUGUCGGUAAUUAUGGGAGUGGGUUGUAUCCAUCAAUGGAAGCGAAGAAAAUAGCCAUCUUAGACAUAAGAAUUUUGAAUUGUGAUCGCAACGAAGAAAACAUUUUAGUGAGAAAGAAGUAAUAUAUCUCUUUAUAUAUCCUAUAAAGAAAGGUUCCUUAAGCAAAUGGAUAAACCAGACAAUCAUUUGAUUACUUUUUAAUUCCAAUUGAUCACGGUUAUUCAUUUCCAGAUUCAUUUAAAAUUUGUAGAGAUGAAGUAGUCUGGUACCAUUGGAAUUAAAUGACCUAGCCAUUUACUUAAGAAGAAAAACUCUUCAUUGAAAGGAUAGAUCCAGACAAGGAUAUUUAAAUGAUAAAAGAAAAAGUAUAAUUAAGAGAAAUUUGCUUAAGAAAUGCUAAGAUAGCCACCAUUCUCUUGAAAAUGGGAGCAGCAGCUGAUUUGACCAUUCAUGAUAUAGCGUAAGAGAAUUCACAUUAUUGGGUAGUGAGAUUCUGUAUAGAGAAGAUCCUGAUUAAUUGUCUCCAAUUGAAAAGGCUGUCUAGACUGCAGUAGAUAAUUAUAAGUAUUUUCAAUUACAUUAUUAUCAGUAAUAAUGUUAGAGUGCCAAAGGGGUUUUCAAAUUUUAAAGAAAAGUUAUUAUCAAAUAAUCUUAUUUAAAAAUCUUUGGAAUUUGAAUCCUCAAACUUAAAUAAUUUGGAUAAACCUUAAAUCAAUUAGCCUCUACUGAAAUUAUAAAUUAUAAGAGAUGAGGAGGAGAACAAGGACACAAAUGAGAGAGAGAAUAAAACCUAAUAUUCUGAUAAAAAGUUAACCAGAGCUGGCUCUCAGUAGAAUAUAAAAAGCAUAAAAAAACCUAUUGAAAAAGAGUGGAAUGAAGAAUUCUAUGCUCAUAUCUCUUACUUACUUUAAUAACUAGUAGAACAUAAAUAAUCAGAGAGAGUACCUUCUCCAAGAAAGUACAGACCCAGAUAUAUCAGUGAAGAAGUCAAAUGAGAAUUAAAUUAUUUAAUAUUCCAG